AGGUCCCCUACUGGCUCCUUAUUUAUGUUGUUCGCCCCUUCAUUUUCUUACACUUCCUGUGAUCCCUAUUUACGGUUGUACUCCUUGAUUUUCUCACGACUCACGACUGCCUUUGUUGAACUACUAUGAAAUUUCUCUUUAGUUCUGCUCAAUUAAGAACAUCAUUGAACUAUUUUUUUCUUCAGUCUGUCAUAUGCGUCUUCAAGUGGAGGAAGUAUUUUUUUUAUAGAACUUUUUUCUUGGCGGUCGUCCGUCCCCCGGUGGUUGUCGGACGGUCGACUGUCAGCAAAGCAGAAGGAGCUGUCUUUCCCAGAACACAUUAAGUAGAUGAAUCAAUAUUGAUGCUAUUUCAAGCCUUGCUUCUGUUCUCUCUUUGUCUAUUAUCUAUCUUGGUGAGAAGUAAGGGUAAACAUAAUCUAUCACAAGCUUAAUAAUCGCAUCAAUUUUUAUGAUUAUGAUAAUCCUUUUUUGCGCUUGCACAUUGAUGUCUUAAAGUAAGUAAGUAGCAGGAAGGGCCAGACAUUUCGCAAACACACUGUGGUUGCGUGGUGCAUGCACCUGAGGAUUACACGGGAGAAGUUGGAUGGAGACUGGGACGGCCGAAGCCUACAAUAGGACACAAAAGAGCGGCGAAGGAACGGAAGAACUGACCACUCGCAGGAGCCUGGUGAGCCUCAGUUUUUUCCUGUCGUGGAGGACGGCGACGAGCGCUGAUUCGCAACCACCUGGGGUACCUAAAGCUGCAAAGUCGUGGAGAAAAG